AACGCCUGGCGGGCUGCUUUUCCCGGCAUGCCUCGGGGCGGGCUCCGCUCUCUGUGCCGCUGGGGUAUUAUGGAAGAGGGGACCCUGAGAGGCCUGGGACCGGGACCGGGCCCGCGGGGUGCCAGACAUGCUCAUAAGCCAGGCAGCGGUGCAGUUUGAUGACGUGGCCGUGUAUUUCACCGAGGAGGAGUGGAUCUGUCUGGAGGAAUGGCAGAAGGAGCUCUACAAGGAUGUGAUGAAGGAGAAUUAUCAGACCCUGGUGUUUGUGGGGCAGCCGGAAGUUGUGUCCAGGAUAGAGAGAGGCGAGGAUCCCUGUAUCAGGGGCCACCAGGUCUCUGAGGGGCCACGGGCGGAGGGCAGCACAGACACAGGUCGCACGGAGGAACUGUUACCGCAACCCGAAGAACUCGAUAUGGAGCUGCAGAUCCACUGCCCAGAGGAGCUGCUGGAAGAUUUUGGCUCCCAGGCGGAGUGGGACGUGGUCGACAUCUUAAUCUUCCUGGACGAACUCUUUGACUUCUAGCGGCCGCUCCAUUUUAGAGUCGGAUGUCUGUCCCGUCAUGUAUAAGAUUCUCACGGUGGGCAGGGCUUUACGUAAGGACCAAUCAGAAUACACCUGAUGCACUCUGAUAGGCUCCUAGCGGCUCAGUGUCACAGUUCUCACGGCCGGUCUGGUGCUUCCCAUCACUGACCGCCACUUCCCAACGGCGCCUGACGCCCAAGGUUACCGUCUCUCUGCCCUC